UGUUCCUGGCUAUUGCUCCAGGUUCAUCCUCCAUGAGCUUUCAGAAUUGGGAGGGAGGAAAGCACGGUCAGUCUCCUUGGGUUUGGGAUCCAAAUGGGUUUGUUCUGGUGGCACUUCCUGCUCCUGGGGGUAGCUGCCCUCCUCCUGGGUUACUGCUCGGAGAACUAUGGGGACAUCCGUCCCAGUGGCAAGAGUGAUCCUAGCAGCAGGCGUUCCUGCCCCAGCGACAAGUUCAAAUGCAACAGCGGGCGCUGCGUUGUUAAGGAGUACGUCUGUGAUAACUUUGAUGACUGCGGGGACAUGAGCGAUGAGAGGCACGUCAACUGCACCGAGCAUGGGAACUAUUGGAUCAGAAAGGACAGCACCACCUGCUCCAGUGGUGAGUUCAGGUGUGACAACGGACGCUGCAUCCCUGAGAAGUAUGUCUGUGACAAUGUUCCUGACUGCAAAGACGGACGUGACGAGACCUACGUCAACUGCACAGAUCAAGGUAUUCCACACACCCUGAGCUAUUUACGCACAGUCAUAUCAGAGCCUUCCAAGGAGCUGCCCCGGUUCACUGCCGUAGCGUAUCUGGACGGCGUGUUCUUCGAACGUUACACCAGCACUAUCAACAGGGUGCAGUUUGUACCGCCAAGCUUGAAUCUGGAAAUGAAGCAGUUUAGCAGCUAUCUAAGUUAUUUAGCGCAGUUGGAGGAGCUGCCGUUCCGAAUAAGUCUGCUAAGCCUGCAGGUCUACCACAACCAGACGGAGGGGUUUCAUACCUGGCAAUGCCUGGAGGUUUGUGAGUUCAGUGAAGAUGGCGGUGCAAAAGUAUAUCACCGGGAUGCUUAUGAUGGCAGAGAACAGGACAGCCCCCAUCACCUCACCAGAAGAAUCCAUAGGAAAAUGUAUUUCCUCGAUUUAGGCUGCAUGGCAUGGCUGGAAGCAAUGAUGAGACUUGGGAAGGAGCCACUGAAUAGGACAGUGUCCCCACAGGUGAAGGUAGUCCGUAAGGCGAGCUCUAUGUUCUGCCGCAUCUAUGGCUUCUACCCCAAGGAAAUCAAUGCUACUUGGUUGAAGGAUGACGAGGACUGGGAGGAAGAGACCCUUCGCGGGGAUGUUCUCCCCAACUCAGAUGGGACGCACUACACCUGGAUCUCCAUCAAGAUCAAUCCAAAAUUCAGAGGGCGCUAUAAGUGUUGUGUGGAACAUGCUGGCCUGAAGGAACCUUUGGUCGUGGAGGAGUCUGGCUUAGCCACUGCCUCAACACCCAUUUGGAGGGGCGUUUUAGGUGGCAUCCUGGGGACUUUGGCUUUUGUGCUGUUGGUGGCCGGGAUCAUCGUCUAUGUCAGAAAGAACCGAGGGUCAAACGUCUCCAGGACUAGGGUAAGUCAUGAAGCAUCCGACGAGGGCAAGUCUGAGGAGGAAUUCUGCCUCUCCGUCAACCUGCUGUAGAAGACAGAGGCCAUCCCCUCAGGUGAACUGAAUCACCUGCUCCUGUCGGGGCUUCGAUUCCCUUCUAUUAUGUAUGUGUGUGUGUGCACACGCUCCCACACACAUGCCAGCUCCUAGUUCAGCGUUCCAGUUGGAAAAGGCAUGUCCCUUGCUGGUCUCUGCCCACUCCACUCAGGGACAAAGAAGAUGUGGGAUCAAUAGUGUGAGUGACCCUGGUUUGAAAGUUGAAAUAUCAACAGUUGACAGCUGAGCUGGGCCUCAAGUCACCCUCUUCUCACCCUCAAGAAUCAUGGAUGUCCCAGAUAUGUACAGUGGCUGGAACACUCCCUUCAUGUCUAGAACUUUCCAAAGUACUGAGAAUCCAGAAUAUUAGAGUUGGAAGAGGCCUACAAGGCCAUCGAGUCCAAUCCCCUGCUCAAUGCAAGAAUCCACCUUAAAGCAUCCCUGACAGAUGGUUGUCCAGCUGCCUCUUGAAGGCCUCUAGUGUGGGAGAGCCCACCACCUCCCUAGGUAUCUGGUUCCCUUGUUGUACUGCUCUAACAGUCAGGACAUUUUUCCUGAUGUCCAGCCAGAAUCUGGCUUCCUGUAACUUCAGCCUGUUAUUCCGUGUCCUGCACUCUGGGAGGAUUGAGAAGAGAUCCUGGCCCUCCUCUGUGUGACAACCUUUUAAGUAUUUGAAGAGUGCUCUCAUGUCUCCCCUCAAUCUUCUCUUCUCCAGGCUAAACAUGCCCAGUUCUUUCAGUCUCUCUUCAUAGGGCUUUGUUUCCAGACCCCUGAUCAUCCUUUUUGCUCUCUUCUGAAUAUGCUCCAGCUUGUCUGCAUCCUUCUUGAAGUGUGGAGCCCAGAACUGGACGCAAUAUUCAAGAUGAGGCCUAACGAGUACCAAAUAGAGAGGAAUCAAUACGUCACAAACAAGGUGGAGGGGGUUGGGGUUACUCCUUUCUUCUUCCAUGAGGGCUUUCUCUAGGGUCACCAUAUCUCCUAUAUCUUUAACAGUUGUGUAGAAAAUGGAAUUUCAGCUGGUGUCGUUUGUAUGCAUGCAGCACCUUGUAAAAUCCCCUCUUCAUCCCAACAGUUAAAGCUGCACAAGCCCUGCCUAGCAUGAUUAGAUACCAAAAAUGUAAUAAAUAAAUAAAUGAAUAGGGCAGGGCUCCUGCAGCUUUAAUUGUUGGGAUGAAGAGAGAAUUUCACCAGGUGCUGCAUGCAUACAAAUGACACCUAAUGAAAUUUUACACAACUAUUAAAAAUAUAGGAGCCCUGUCCUCCUUUCCAUAUGGUCACCCUAGCUUGAACUGUUAUUAGCUGCUGUUAGGCCUUUGGGGAAAGCUAUUUGGCAGAAGCCAGACCAAGGGUCCAUCUAGCCCAGCACUCUGUUCACACAGUGGCCAACCAGCCAUUGGCCAGGGACCAACAAAGGCAGGUCAUGAUGCAACAGCACCCUCCCACCCAUGUUCCCCAGCAACUGGUUUAUACAGGCUUACUGACCUCUGUGGCUGUAUCCAUUACCAAGCACAAUAUUCCAGUUAAGCAGCAUAUGGUACAAUGGUCUAACACUCCCCCAAAAUCUUGAAACAGCCACAGAAGAGGACAGUGAAAAAGAAGACGAGGAAAGUGAUUUUGACAGUGAUGACAGCCGUUCCAAUGAAAGUGAAGAGGACAUCCAAUGAAAUUUAUUUGUUAACCCUUCUCACAGAACAGUUUUUGUUUUGUAAAUUGUAAAUUUUUGCUGAAGCUUUUAAAAAAAAAAUUGUUAAAAACAAUUCAACCUAAUAAAUUGUCUUUUUUUAAUAUUUCA